AUCAGAUGUCAGACGAGUGUAAAACGGAAUACGCGAACCAUUUGCAGAAGAGCAACGAACUCCAGAGGAGACACUACGCGGAACUGAUGCCAAAGAUAUUUAAUCAGUUGCAGGACAUGGAGGAGCGCCGCGAGGCGUGUAUUCAAAAUUUCAUGAGACAGAGCGCACACAUUCACCGACAAGUGUUUCCCAUUAUUGAUAAAUGUCUCGAAGGUGUGAUCAAAGCGGCGGAAAUUAUUGACCCGAAAGAGGACACUCGACAAGUGAUAGAGAGGUAUAAAUCGGGAAAUAUGCCGCCCGAAGACAUCCCGUUCGACGACUUGAGUAAUCCGAGGCCAGAGUCGGAGAAUGGCAUUCCCUCCAGAGGUAGUACUUCUCUGAAUUAUUCCACUUCAAUCAAAUCCGAGACAUUGAGAGGAACCCUAUCGGCCGCCCGGUUCAAGAAAAGGGGCGGUAUUUUUGGCAUUUUUGGCUCAAACAAAUCCAAUGUUGACGAUUCAAAGGACGAUUACGCAGAUCUGCCGCCAAACCAGAGGCGUAAGAAGAUUCAGGCGAAGAUCGAGCAAAUCCAGAAUCAAUUCACUCAAGAGACGGCUGUCAGGGACGGCCUCAUGAAGAUGAGACAGGCCUACGAACAGAACAGCGCUUUGGGUGACCCGAACUCAGUCGAGGGACAGUUGACCGAAAACGGACAGAAAAUGGAGAAACUGAAGACAGAAUUGGAAAAGUUUAGGACACUUUUGCAGGACGUGACGGACGGCAAACCAUACACACCAUCGGCGCAGAAGAAGUCCCACCGGAACAGUAUAUCGGAGGACUCCCUGUCGAGGAGCGCUUCCGAGUCCAGUGUCACCACUAAUAAUAAUCACUCGACGACUAAUCUAAACACUAAUGGCAGUGCCAUUAAUAAUCACCGGUCGUCGAACUCAUUACAAACUAAUCAUAAUCAUAGCAAUCACGACAACAACACCACCACUACUCACGAAAACAACGAUUCUAACAGUCCUGAGAGCGGCAUCAGUACGAGUCACUUAUCACUUCACGAUCCCGACGCCGAGUUUGCCGACGCGGACGCACCCGAGUUUGACGAACCGUUGCCGGCGUUGGGAACCGCCAAAGCUCUCUAUGUUUUUGAAGCUCAAAGUGAAGGCUCAAUACCGAUGGGUGAGAACGAAGAGUUCGAAGUGGUAGAGCUGGAUCAGGGAGACGGGUGGACACGAGUCCGACGCCGAGACCACGAAGAAGAA